AUGAAUAUUUGGAUAGCAGCUAGCGAUGGCCGUGGGGAUAUUGUCGAGAAGUUUCUGGCUGACGGGCUGAGUGCGAACAGCAAGGACCCCAACGGGUACACUCCGGUGCAUGCAGCUGCCGCGUACGGUCACCUUGAUCUGCUGCGCAAGCUAUGCCAGGAGCACGGAGGGGACAUCAAUGUGAGGGACAGCGAUGGGGAUACACCUCUGCACCACUGUGAGGAUGUCAGAGUGGCGCAACUGAUCGUCGAGGAGCUCGGCGGAGACUAUACCUUGACCAACGACGAAGGGAAGACCGCGCUGCAAGUGUUUGAAGAGGACGCAGAGUUUCCAGAGCUGAUACAGUAUAUGCGUGUGAAGUCUGGCCUGAACAAGGACGAGGACAGCCUGGGGAUCGACCAGGAUCAGCUCGCACAAUUCAAGGACAGCGUCAGAUACACUCUAGAGCAAGAACCAGACGAACUCACAGACCCAGAGUCUAUUGAGCGCAGAAAGAGGCUUGAAAAGAUUGUCAUGGGCGAGAACCCAGAGCAAGAGUUGGAGGCAUAUAUCAGAGAAAUGGUCCGCUCGCAAAUGAUGAACCAGGACCAGGACCAGGAACCUUCCAAACGUCGUAAGUAA